UCGGUCACAGUCAUAUAGACCUCAUGAAGCCUUCUUCCAGCUCUGUCAAUGGCUUCUACGCCUUCCUUGCGCAUGGCCUCGAUGAUCUUGAAAGCUCUUUCGAGUCGAACAACUUCAUGUCACUUCAGUUCCUUGAGAAGGCCAUCGCGCUGCUGCGGUCGGUCCACGCCAACCUCACCCACCUAGUCCAGAAGCUCCAUCUGCCUGCGGGUGAGAAGUGGCUCGACGAGUGCAUGGACGAGAGCUCUCGCCUUUGGGAGGCUUGUCAUGCCCUCAAGACAGGCAUCUCGAGCAUGGAGACCUUUUACGCUGCCGGAGCCGGCAUGAUCUCCGCGCUCGACGAUAGCCAUCGCAGCAAUCCUCAGCUCACCCGACAGGUGAUGCGGGCGAUCUCAGUCUGCCGGAGAGGCCUCGUGGGGCUUGAAGGGGAGAACAGAGUGAUGGUGGAGACGAGGAUCGCACCUCUGUCUCUCCGGUUCGACGAGAAGAUCCCUGCCGAAUCUAAGCUAAACGGGUUCAAUGGAUUCACAGGAGUGCUACUCGCAAGCAGAAGCGUGAGUUGCUUCCUCCUGACGAUCCUUGUAUGGGGUUUGGUGCAUUGGUGGCCGAACUCGAGCUCCACUACGUCUGCUGCUGGCGAGGGCUCACUGUUCUCGGGCUCAGGUUUCAUGGUGUCCACGUCGAGAUUGCAGCAGAGGGUGGAAGCCGGGGUCGAGAGAGCGGGUGGUCGGCCAGGAAUCCUGUUGUUCGAGUUCCAAAGGGUGAGGGCUUGUUUAGAAGAGCUCAGAGAGGAGCUGGAGAGGAGUGGAGGGCAUGACGCAGAAAGCGGAAGCAUCCAGGAGAGGGUGGAGAGCUUGAAAGUUUCGUUUGGCCUACUCAGGAAUGGAACCGAGAACAUAGCUUUGCAGCUGGACGACUUCCUUGACGAGAUAGUAGCAGGGAGGAAGAAGCUCUUGGAUGUCUGCAGUCGUAGGUAGAAGAAAGGUAGAUAUGUAAAGAGAGAGAGAGAGAGACAGAGAAGGGAGGGUGCAAUAGACUUUUGAGGUGCUCUUUUCUGCUCUCUGUUCUCAGAUCAAUCACCAUAUGGGAGAUUGAAGUGGAGAAGGACAAUAUAAAUUAUACUACAAAGUAUUAUUGGUUUGCAUGAAGAGAGAGAAGCAAUGAGGUUUGCAGUUCCACAAGAGAAGAGAUGACAUGGGAACGGUGGAAAAGAGAAGCAUCACAUCUCCAACAGAAGCCCUUCUUCUCACUGUAAGAACUUUCAGAGGAAAGGUGGCUUUUGUUCCUCUGCACAAGCCAACUACCAGGCCAUACUUGUGGAAACUGCGAGCAU